AUGAGCGUGCUGACUCAGCGCAAAAUGACGCGACGCGACACGUUUCGACGCGUCAAGAAAAGGAUUAACUGUCCAAUGCAGCCCCGAUACAUCAAAAGGGACCGCUAUAACCCGGUUGAGUAUGAUAAAGAGGUGGUGUGGCAGCACCGGGAGCAAGAUAUCAAGAAACGAGCACGCCGUGAUGCUGCAGGAGCAAAACUUGAUGCGGUCAUCCCACAUCUCACACUUGAAGAUAUCACAAAGCUUCGCACCCCAGAGAUCGACCUGCAAAUUCGUUGGCAUCGUCAAUUUGACCCUGCAGUACCGGCAGCCAAACACAUACCAACCACGAAACAGAAGAAGGUGGAAGUGCUGCUGGAGGCCAUCGGACGGUAUUUGAGUGGUGAGGCAACCCCCGGUGGACAACUAACGUCGUCGCAGCCGCAAGUGCUUGACAAUAAUGCUGUUACUUCCCACUUGCUGGAACUAGGGGAUGGGGAGGACGAAGCUGAGGAUGAAUGA